GCUCCCAGCCGGCGACAAGCGCGUGACUGAGGGUCGCGCAAGACCCGGGCCGCGUCCGGCUGUGGAACACCAAGCCGAGGCUCGCCCGCGCUGUGAAUACAGGCGUCGGCCGCUUUGAACAGUUAAAUCUUAGGAGUCUUGCCCUCAGUUGCCCACCGCUUUGGGAGUUUGCUGAGUUCUACAAGUCUGAGGAGUUAUGUACCACAGAAAGACGGACGGCCUCCGCCGUGGGAAUUAACGAGCCGUAUUUUAGAUAUUCCCUGUAAAGUGUGUGGCGACAGAAGCUCGGGGAAACACUACGGGGUCUACGCCUGCGACGGCUGCUCGGGGUUUUUCAAACGAAGUAUCCGAAGGAAUAGGACGUAUGUCUGCAAAUCUGGAAACCAGGGAGGCUGCCCGGUGGACAAGACUCACAGAAACCAGUGCAGGGCGUGUCGGCUGAAGAAGUGUUUGGAAGUCAACAUGAACAAAGAUGCUGUGCAGCACGAGCGGGGCCCUCGGACGUCCACUAUCCGCAAGCAGGUGGCCCUCUACUUCCGUGGACACAAGGAAGAGAACGGAGCGGCCGCGCACUUCCCCUCUGCCGCACUGCCCGCGCCUGCAUUCUUCACCGCGGUCACGCAGCUGGAUCCGCACGGCCUGGAGCUGGCCGCAGUGUCUGCCACCCCGGAGCGCCAGACACUUGUGAGCCUGGCUCAGCCCACGCCCAAGUAUCCCCAUGAAGUGAAUGGGACCCCAAUGUAUCUCUAUGAAGUGGCCACAGAGUCAGUGUGUGAAUCGGCUGCCAGACUUCUAUUUAUGAGCAUCAAGUGGGCUAAGAGUGUGCCAGCUUUCUCCACGCUAUCUUUGCAAGACCAGCUGAUGCUUUUGGAAGAUGCUUGGAGAGAACUGUUUGUUCUAGGAAUAGCACAAUGGGCCAUUCCGGUUGAUGCUAACACUCUACUGGCUGUAUCUGGCAUGAAUGGUGACAACACAGAUUCCCAGAAGCUGAACAAGAUCAUAUCUGAAAUACAGGCUUUACAAGAGGUGGUGGCUCGAUUUAGACAGCUCCGGUUAGAUGCUACUGAAUUUGCCUGUCUAAAAUGCAUCGUCACUUUCAAAGCUGUUCCUACACACAGUGGUUCUGAACUGAGAAGUUUCCGGAAUGCUGCCGCCAUCGCAGCUCUUCAAGACGAGGCUCAGCUAACUCUCAACAGCUACAUCCAUACCAGAUACCCCACUCAACCUUGUCGCUUUGGAAAACUCCUGUUACUUUUGCCAGCUUUACGUUCUAUUAGCCCAUCAACCAUAGAGGAAGUGUUUUUCAAAAAAACCAUCGGCAAUGUGCCAAUUACAAGACUGCUUUCAGAUAUGUACAAAUCCAGUGAUAUCUAAGCUCUCCGAGUCCCCAGUUUUCAGGAUGGGACAGUAUCUGAUGAACUUCUACCCAUGGAGAACAAACCUCAACUAACAAACCCUUCAGGAAGCAUAAACCUGGGAAUGUGUAGCCUUCAGAAAAGAAAUGUCAAUUGACACGAAACGAUUCCAGUAGCUCUGACCUGCUGCCUCACCCAGGGUAGGGCAGCCUGGAAGGAACAGGGUGUAGAAGGAUCGCCUGAGCAGAGAGGACUCCCUGCUGCCAUGCCCUGGGAGGGGGCCGAAUUUGGGGUUGCCACAGGCCAUGCCAUUCUGCCUCUUACCUGGAAGAUCAGGCUGAACUACCAAUAGCUGAAACAUAAGUAGAACUUUCUUUUCCCUUUUAGCAUAUAAAGUUGGGUAACCAAAUAUAGCUCUGUGUAUAACAUCAUACAGCAGCCUUCAGAACUAUUUUAUGUUGAAGAAUUUAUUUUAAAAAUAAUGGUUAGGUUUUAAAUCAGAAGUUUUAUCAAAAGUUUCCCUUCUAUUGUACUGCAUCAUAAAGUGGCCUUCAGAACUGAAUUAAUAUGUGAAGGGUAGCUUAUGCUGUGAGAUUUGCUUUUUCUCUAUCUUUUUCCUUUCUCUUUCUUGCCUCCUCCUCCUUCCCCUUCCCUUCUCUCUCCCUUUCCUUCUCCCCUUCCUCCUCCUCCUCCUCUUUCUCAGUACCUUAGGCCAGGCAACCUUGUCAAAGGAAUUGGUGGACGAAAAUGAGAUUCUUACCACGACUUCAGGUUGGAUAACAUCUCAAAAUUAGAAGAGCUUUGCUAAAAGAACCCAAGUCGCGGGAGGAAGAAUAAAAACAGCAAAACCAAAUAAAGUGGAGAUGAAUGAUGGAGUGAGGCAGACUGCUGUCCCAUUAACAUAGUGCUGAAAUUAAAGGCAGUGGGGUCCAAACUCAUGUUUCAGUGAGUCACACCAGAUAGUAAAUGAACAGGGACAUGAGACCAGAAGGAAUUUCAAGGUGAUGGAUGCUAAAAGGCUUCUUGAUCCAUUGCUAACAGCUUGAGACUCUUCAAUGCCUUUCAGAAAACUGGUUUCUAGUAAAGCUUUGAAUGCCUGCACAUGCACACACACACACUUCGUCCUACACUGUAAGCUGCUCCUUUGGUAUGAAUCUCUACUUAUGGAAGUGUAGAAACAAACAUUUUAAAAUAGCUGCUGUACUUUUCACAUUUUGAUUUAUUAGGUACUAGCACUGAGGAAAAAUAUUCAGCACUUGGACUAUUAUAGGAUGAGUAAAACUUUCCUUGUACAAAGUGGAAUUAACUGAUUUGUGAAGUUAAAAGGUUGUACUCAUUGUAUUUAC